GUUUCCUAAUCAAAUUGUUAGUUGGCAUGCAAUCACAGCUCGUAUAUUUUGGGCCGUAUUGACCAAUAUUAUACUCCUUUUCAUUGACCAAAACUCACCGCGGAUUGGUCUACGUAUGACCAAUAUUAUACUCCUAAACUGAAUAUAAUCCAAUAUAUUUCAUACGUUUCCAGAGAGAAAAUUAAAUAGAGUAAAGAAAAAGAAAAAGACAUUAUGAUUUCCCUAAACUAAAAAUUAAGGACGGAAAUUACCUUUCAUCUACUAAAAGAUCCCUAAUUUCGAAUAUCUAUUUUUCCAAUAAAGCCUUAUAAUUAAUUUACUAGAGAUGGCAGAGAUAAACAGGAAAACACGAUGCCGAUGGUUCCUAAAAGACUGAUACUCUCCGUCUCUCCCAUUUUCAUCCUCGUUACUCUUGCCAUUGCUCAACCACCCUUCCGCAUCCACUCCUGUUUGAACGACAAAGGCAAUUACACCGCUAACAGUACCUACCACGCCAACCUCAACACCCUCCUCACCUCCCUUUUUUCCAACGAACCAGAUAUCAACGGCUAUGGCGCUUUUCAAAGCUCCUCACAUGGCAGAAACCCCGACAAAGCUUACGCCAUCGGCCUCUGCAGAGGAGAUGUGGAGCCUGAUGUUUGCCGGCGUUGCCUUACUAACUCCACAAAUCUUCUCACAAAGCUCUGUCCGAAUCAGAAAGAGGCAAUUGGUUGGUACGACCAGUGCAUGCUACGCUACUCUAAUCGCUCCAUAUAUGGCAUCAAGGAAACUGAUCCCGCUUUCUUUAUCUGGAACACGCAAAAUGCCUCGUCUGACGUCGAUGCGUUCCAACGAGAUGUGCAGAGCCUGUUUGAGGAUCUGAGCAGCCGAGCAGUGGCUGGUGGCUCUCUUCGUAAGUUUGCCGCAGGAAGCAGGAUUGCUGCAAAUAACUUCCAAACCAUUUAUGGUAUUGCUCAGUGCACACCAGAUUUAUCAGAUGUGGACUGCAACGACUGCUUGAAUACUGGUGUUAACGGUCUUACUCAAUAUUGUAAAGGGUCAAGGGCUGCUACGCUCUUUAUGCCAAUCUGCAGAGUUGCUUAUGACCUCCAACUCUUCUAUGACGCAGCAGCUGUAUCACCCCCUCCUCCGCCAACACCGAUUUUAUCUCCUUCUCCACCAUUAUUAUCCCCUCUCCCAUCGACCAAUGGGACUACCGAAAAUGGUACAUCUUUUGUCUACACUUUUUAUCGUUUAUUAGACUCAAAGAAAAGUCUUUUGGACGCUUUGAUCAGAGCAGAAUUUUCUUGGUUUCUAAAAAUUGCAGGAAAGAAAAGUCAAACAUAUCGGAUUGUGAUCUCUGUAGUUGUGCCAAUCCUUGUUUUGACAGCGAUAAUGUUCUUCGUCUACAUUUGUUUAUGCGUGAGGAAGGCAAAAGAAAGUGUUAGAUCUGCCGAAGAUACUGAUGAUGAGAAAGCAGAAUCUUUGCAGUUUCAGUUCUGCGCCAUUAAAGCUGUAACGAAUGACUUUUCUGAGGCAAACAAGCUUGGACAGGGUGGAUUUGGUGCUGUUUACAGGGGUAGGCUGUUAAAUGGAGGAGAUAUAGCAGUAAAAAGGCUGUGUAAGAAUUCUGGACAAGGAGAUAUAGAAUUUAGGAAUGAAAUCCUAUUAGUUGCCAGGCUUCAGCACCGGAAUUUAGUCAGCCUCCUAGGUUUCUGCUUGGAACAAAGUGAAAGGCUACUUAUCUAUGAGUUUGUGCCUAAUUCAAGUUUGGAUCAUCACGUAUUUGAUCCAAUCAAACGUGCAUCUUUAGAUUGGAAUGUCCGCUAUAAAAUCAUAGUAGGCAUUGCUCAAGGUCUCCUUUACCUUCAUGAAGACUCCCGCCUUAAAGUCAUCCAUCGUGACCUAAAAGCGAGUAACAUUUUGUUAGAUGCAGAAAUGAAUCCAAAAAUUGCAGAUUUUGGGAUGGCAAAGUUGUUUACAGUUGAUCAGACUCAAAGUGAUACUACGAGAAUCGUGGGAACCUAUGGAUAUAUGGCUCCAGAAUAUGUCAAGCGAGGGCACCAUUCAGUCAAGUCAGAUGUAUUUAGCUUUGGUGUACUAAUACUAGAAAUUGUGAGUGGACAAAGUAUUAAACGUUUCUCCACAGAGGAGAAAGCAGAGAGCCUUCUAAGCUAUGCAUGGAAAAAAUGGAAGGAGGGAUUGGCUACAAAUCUGGUGGAUCCCAAAAUGAAUGUUGGAGGUUCAAAAGCAGAAAUAAUGCAAUGCAUCCAUAUUGGAUUAUUAUGUGUGCAAGAAAAUUUACAUGAUAGACCAACCAUGCGUUCAGUUGCUCUAAGUCUAAGUAGUUGCUCUGUCAGUCUCCAAGUACCCUCGAAACCAGCAUAUUUUAUGGAUAGUAGCACCAACUUGCCUAAAAUAAGGAGACAUAUAUCAAGGAUGAGAAUGUCAAAUCGACACCAAAACAACAUAGUACAAGCAUCAGAAAAUCAAGCUUCAUUGAUAACUGAAGUACAUCCUCGUUGAUGUUGGUUGGAUUUUAGUUGCAUUGUUAAUUAUAUGGGAACACAAAUUUUCUAGAUAUUUAUUCUUUGAAAAUCUAUAAAAUGCUAUAAUUAAUGCAAGAUUCAACACUUACAAAUCAAAACCUAAAACAUUCGCGCAAGCAAUUAAUUAAACAAGAUUAAUGCAGAAACAAUUAAGUGGGUAGGUUGGUAAAUCUAUUCCACAUCAACUAGACAAAAUAUUAAUCUUCAUAGAACAUGAAUCAGAGCUUACAAUACAAAAUCAUUAAAAGAAUCAUAUUGAUUCGUAGAAUUGUCUUAACUUGUUUCUCUAUAAACUCUAAUGUUUUCUCACUCUUUGUAACUCUCCUACUGAGAAAACCACUGUACCAACACAUAUAACUUCUAUCUCCAUUUCCAAAAUCCCACUGACCUUCAAUUUUUAAGAAACAAUAUGGUUGAGCCAAAAACCACAAACUUCUAGCUUGAAAUGACACCCUUUAAAUGUCACAUCAUAGAGCAGUUUAGGAUGGUUUAAAUAAAAUGAUGCAUUUCACAUUAAGCAACUAUUGCUUGUUCUUAUUGGAUUUACAUUGGGCCUCUUUUUGGACUUUGGUUAAGUUUUGAAGGUACUAUUUUGGAUUUCUUUUUGUGUUGCAUGGAUUUCAAGUUAGGUGCUCAACUCCAUGUUCUUAUUUAUUGGCUUUUCCCUAAUUUUUCAUGCUCGUAAUGAAGCUUUGUUUGGUCAAGUGAAUAUUUUUAUUUCUUAGUCAUAAGCUUUUGUCAAGUGAAGGUUUUGAAUUCUUAAUCAUAGGCUAUCGACCUACAAUCGGUUCUUAAGGCCAAUAACAUACAACAUAGGUCUAUGUAUAAUUUACUUUCGAAUUUCAUCAUUCUUAAGGGUUUAGAAGUGAGGCUUUAUCUUCCUAAGGCUCUUAAAUGGUUAUAGUUUAUUGGUUAGGUCCUUAGAGAGGGUGGAUCAUGUUCACCAUAAAUGGUGAGUCUUUGGGAGCUCCUGGCAAGGCAGGUUAUGGUGGAGUAUUUAUAACUUAUCGUCAUUUGGUUAAAGGCUGCUUUUGGUCUCCUUUUCUUUCGGCUCAAGCUGUCAAAUCUGAGGUGCUUGGUGUUAUUAAAGGCUUGGAGUAUGUGUUAGGAAAUUUAAUUGGAAUUUUCUUUGUCACAAAAAUGAUUCUACUAUAUAUGCUCUCUUUCCAUGCAAGUUCCUUGGCAUUUGCAUUCCAUAUGUUCUUUAUGUCUUCAUUUAAUUAACAAUAUUAUUUUUUAUGUUUCUCAUACAUUACGUGAAGGAAAUAUGGUUGCCAAUGGGUUAUCAAAGAUGGCGAUUUUUGGUUUUGAGGACUGUUAGUCCUUUUUUAUUCCAAUACUUUUAUUUCUCAUCACAUUAGUGAUUUAUGGAGGGGGAUAGAUUGUUUAUAGUUUUUUUUUUUUUCUUUUCGAUAUCGAUACUCUUUUUCUAGUUUAUGUUUUUCCCUCUAGUGUUUUUCAUUAUUUAGGUUUUAAUGAGGCCGAGUUGGGUUAUCUAGUGUUCUUUUCUAUUCUUUCUACCAAAUGGUGGCAUGUUCAUUGUAAGGAUAUUUUCUUCUUAAUUUAUUUAGGCCUGGUUGUUUGGAGUUUUUUAUGGGGUGUCAACCAAGUUAGGAUGCCUUGACUUUCUCUUGCUCCUUACUUAUUAUUUUCUCAUUAUAUUGAAUAAUUAAAUAUUUGAUAAGUCUAAUUUAGUAAAUGCAGUCCAAAUUAUUAUCCAUAUACGACCAUUAUAAUAUAUGUGUGACUAUGUUAAUUUCAUAUGACCGUUAUUAUUUCUAUAUGACCAUUAUA